AUGGCGACUGCAAUUGCGCGCGUGCGGUUCGCAGCGAAGCUGCCUGGCCAAAUUCGUGGCUUCAGCUCAACACCGAGAGUUGCGUCUGCAACAGGAGGCGUCAAGCGAUUGGGUGUCAUUGGCGCUGGGCAGAUGGGAUUGGGCAUUGCCCUUGUGGCCGCCCAAAGGGCACAGGUUCCUGUGACCCUUGUAGAUGCCUCCAAGCCAGCCCUUGAUAAGGGUCUGGCAUUCGCUGAGAAGCUUCUUGCAAAGGAUGUGUCCAAGUCGAGAAUUACACAGGAACAGGCUGAUCAGGCCCGGUCUCUGCUUUCUCCGGCGACAUCCAUCGAUCAGCUGUCAGACGUUGAUUUCGUUAUCGAGGCCGUUCCUGAGAUCCCCAACUUGAAGUUUGAGAUCUUUGCGAAGCUAGCCGAGGUUUGCCCCAAGCAUGCCAUUCUUGCUACCAACACAUCCUCCAUCUCCAUCACCCGCAUUGCGGCUUCAACUACUAAGGACCCUACCGACACGUCUGCCAGCUCCCGCGUCGUCUCAACGCAUUUCAUGAACCCCGUCCCUAUCCAGAAGGGUGUGGAAAUCAUUAGCGGUCUCCAGACAAGCCAGGAGACCUUAGAUAAGGCCAUCGCCUUCUGCAAGGCUAUGGGCAAGGUCACUUCCGUCUCGGCCGACUCUCCAGGCUUCCUUGCCAACCGUAUUCUCAUGCCUUACAUCAACGAAGCCAUCAUUUGCUUGGAAACUGGUGUCGGCGAUAGGGACUCUAUUGAUGCGAUCAUGAAGAACGGCACCAACGUGCCGAUGGGCCCCUUGCAGCUUGCGGACUUUAUCGGUUUGGAUACCUGUCUCGCCAUCAUGAAGGUUCUGUACGAGGAGACUGGCGACUCAAAGUACCGGCCCAGUGUGCACCUUCGUAAGAUGGUCGACGCCGGCUGGCUCGGCAAGAAGAGCGGAAAGGGUUUCUACGACUACUAG